AUCACACGCCGACGGUUGACAGGUUUACCGAUUUCCUGUGAUAGCUCUAACUACUAAUAAACUAGCUUGAUCCAGCAUUUGGCACCGUCCACUGGCACGGUACGACUGGACUGGCCCCCCCAGUGGCCGACUUCAGUCAGUACAACCGGCACACAUACGUCCACUAACGUGUGCGCGCAUUUAUCAACCAAAUCGCAAGCAGCAGCAUCUGCAGCAUAAUGAUGAAUGAUUGCGAUGUGCGACCAAAACAUCCGCGUUUUGUACGCUAACGACUACGACCGCAGGACCACCAACAAUUAAGGAUCUCGUGAUAAGAUGUCGUCGCGCUGGUUAUCUAUAUGUGCUCGAUUUUCAGUUGCGCUUUUCCAUCUUGCAAUCUUGCAAAAUAUUCUACCUUACGUUGCGUGAUUUUUCGGCGAUUUAGAUAAAGAUAUUUCGGCAAAAGUAAAGAAGAAGAAGGCCAAAAGCCAAUGGACCAGCAAGUAGCGGAUGGUAUGAGAUGGCCACACCUGUGUAUCCAGGAUCCAGUACGAAAUCAAACAGCCAGUUGCAGUUGUAACUUCCAAAACAUUACAGGAAUAGUGUUUAGGAGCGCGAUUAUGAUAAAUGAGCCUACUACCAUUCAUAACGUACCCAACCUCACUCACCCAUGCAAAUCAACAUAUCCUAGAGGGGCGAAAGUUAGGAUUCUCUACGGCUCCCGAUUCCCGGUGUCACGGGCAUUGGCGAAGAGCGUUCGUUUCUUUCGUUGUUUUGGGAUCCGGCUCCAGCUUCAAUCGAAUUAUUUUUACACAAAAGAGAAGAGAAAGAACCCGUGCAGUGGAUGAAACAACUAACCUAUUCAAACGGAGAAACCAAGAAGGUUUGAGUAAAGGAACCCGCCAUCCAGGACAUGGUGAUGCUAGUAGCUAGCAUGCAAUGCUUACUGGGCUGCCGGGUGGAGAUUAACCAGGAAAAAUGGAAGAAGAGGAUUCAUACAAAAUGCUAUGAGAUAUGCAUGCAAUGGUGACAAAUUUAUUAUACAUAUACGAUCCGCGCGCGAACGAACAUGAAAACGCAAGAUUACAGAUGCUAGCUGGGAAUUACAGUAAUAAUAUUAAUACUACUAUUAACAAUAAUAUUAAAAAAGAGACAUGUUACUAAAACGUAAACCAAUAUAUUAAGCAAGAAGAAUCUCUACCAACAGUCUGCCGGAACGAUCAAGAGAGGAUUCUUAACCUAACCGCAUACCGUACCGAGCGUUACAUUUAGCUGCCCCCACUAAGAGUAAUAAAAGGGAGAACACUCUAACCUUAACUGACAUCACCAGGAAUACCAGGAGGACCACACGGCGGAGGGUCAGCGUUCGUCGAAAAACACCGAAAUCGAAGUCGGGAGUGAUUCUUAAAUUUAACUAAAAGAAAUAGGAAUAAAUUAGGAGAAGCGGGUCCGUUGCGCCGUUUUGCGAGUUGGCAGCGAGUUUCAUCCAGUUCGUUCCUCGUCUCGCACCCAUCAUCGCAUAGCUUGAGCCAAAUCCAAUUUUCCAAGAAGCAUCACCACGACCAACAAUCGGUAUCGCACGCAGAAAGUGUUGUGCAUAAUUGAUUUUGAAAAACAUGCAAUUAAUUACACGCUCACUAAUUAGGCACAGCAAAAAGGGCAUCUGCGUUCAGUUCUUUUGUCCACUUCAAUUAGGAACACACUUUGUGUACUACUCUACGAAGCACACAUUGAUCGGUCGUUGCUUUCCCACGCUCUGAGAUUCGAAACCAACAAAAUGGCAUCGGGGUAAUAAUUGAAAUUUGAUAAUUUUUGAGUGAGGGCGAACGAGAUGCAACUACGCAUGCCAUGCUAGAAGGGCACACACUGAUUCGAACAAGUGAGGAGGAGGAGGAGUAGGCUAUAAGUGAAAAUCGAUCAAAACCAAUACAAGAGGGCAGAAGAUGCAAAACGAGUAAAAGGCUACAGCUUUCCAUUAAUGUGCUGUUUUAAGCACAUGGCCACCGGUGGAAGUCUCGCGGAAUCCAAACCCCGGAACAUGGCCCUUUCCCCUUCGCACACAGAGCAGCAGCAGCAGCAGCAGCAAUAGCAACAGGAAAAAAAAGCGAAAAUGGACAGGCAUUGAGCGGAACCGAGAGCACACCUACAAUAUACUACGGAAACGGGAAAAGAAGGAAUAAGGGGGAAUACGGGAGACGCUAUUUAAUAAAAUU